AUGGCCUUUGACUGGCACGAAAUUCAGCACCAGUCAAGUGGACAGCUCUCAGCAGCAAGCUUUGCUGUCACUUCCAAACUGCUUUGUGUGAGUAACGACUCUGUUUCUGUCUGCUCUGCUGCUUUAGGUGGUUUAUCCUUAUGGCUGGUGACCUGGUUGAUCAUUGGCAAGCCCAACGUGGCUCUGGGCUGUCCUCGCCUGUGCGUGUGCUACCCUUCACCCAUGACUGUCAGCUGUCAGUCCCAGAACUUCACCACGGUGCCAGCUGGUGUUCCGUUUGACUCGCAACGCGUGUUCCUGCAGAACAACCAGAUCACCGAGCUGCGUGUGGAUUCCUUCGGCUUUGAGACACAGGUUCUCUGGCUGUAUUCCAACAACAUUUCUUGGAUCGAGCCUGGAGCCUUCAGUGAAUUGAGAGAGUUAGAAGAGCUGGACCUGGGAGACAACCCGAAUCUGCGGCAGCUGGAUGGGGGCGUCUUUCGGGGGCUGGAGAAACUGCAGAGCCUGCACAUGCAUCGCUGCGGGCUGGCAAUUCUCCCCCAUGACCUCUUCCACAAGCUCUACAGCCUGCAGUUCCUCUACUUACAGGAGAACCAGAUUCACUUCCUGCCGGACGACCUGUUCUCUGAUCUGGUCAACCUCACCCACCUCUUCCUCCAUGGCAACCGCAUCCGCACGCUGUCCGAGAAUGUCUUAAGAGGCCUGGUGAACCUGGAUCGCUUGCUGCUGCACGAAAACCGGAUCAAGCAGAUCCACCGGAAGGCCUUCCGGGACCUUGGCCGGCUCACCAUUCUCUACCUUUUCAACAAUUCCAUUUCAGAGCUCCCUGGGCAGGUGUUGAGGGACUCCGCCUCCAUCCAGUUCCUGAGGCUCAACGGAAACCCCUGGUCGUGCGGCUGCGAGGCCCGUGCCCUCUGGGAGUGGUUCCGCAAAUCUCGCGUGUCCACCUCCGAGCUGCUCUGCAGCUCACCUUCGCCUAAACGUGGGUCCGACCUCCGCUUUCUCCGAGAGAUGGACUUUGCCCUGUGCCCCCUGCCUGACCCAGGCUCCCUGGCAGGGACCACCACCACCACCUUCAGCACCAAGACUCGCUGGUGGUUCUCCAAGUCCAAGCCUGUCUCCAGCUCCAAGGGCAUUUUCAGCAAGAGCUCCGAAUUGGUCAAGGCCUUCCCCUUCUCCUCAGGCAAGCCCCUCAACCCAUCCACCUCCUCCACAUCAUUUUCCACAAAGUAUGAGAUCGGGGAAGAGGAGGCCGCUCUGCCAAAGCUGGAUCCGGAGGAGUACUGGGCCAACUACGGAAAUGAAGAUGCCUCAGUGCGCUGCUUCGAGCUCGAAUGUCCGCCCGGCUUCGACUCCCCCGUGUUGCCUUCCUCCUCCCCGUCCUCUUCCUCCUUCUUCCUCUCCCUGCUCUCCCUAGCCAUCACCCUGCUCUUCUUUCAGUUCCUCUUUGGUUGAUACCAUCCCCCUCGAUGCUCCCUUUCCCAUUUUCGAGAACUUGUUUCUCGAAACCCUCUUUGCCUCUUCUCUCCACUUUCUUUGCAAACCUGUGUCUUGAUUCUGCUCAGUUUGGCUCCUAGACCACUGGCGGUCUAACGGGCGCUACACUGAUGGAAGGUACGACAGGGCAGCAGGGAGAUUACCAACAGCCGCAGGCAGCUGCUUAGACCCGGCGAAGGAGAAGCUAGCGCUACCGGCCGGCAUUGUAAUAACGGUAAUCGAACUUACUUAGAAGCACAACGGUAAUGUCGUUAGCUACUAAGCACACUAACACAUUUCAACUGUCAUGACUACAGCAAAUUCCUUUUAUGCCUGCUGCUGUUACUGUGACUAUUAAAACUACUGUAGUAACAUGGCUAUUACACCUAUGUUAUUACACAGCUGUAAGACCUGGUUAUAUAAUUUCAAGCAAUGCAUUGAAAUUUAGGUUAUUACAAGCCCCCAACACUGUGGGCAUUGAUAGUUUUAUACAAACUACUUUCUUACUGCUAAUAUUGACAUCUGAGCUCGAUGAGCAGCACUUCUCAUAGAAGACAGAAUCUUAUACGAUGAGCACCACUUGCUCUAUUAUCCUCAUAAUAGGCUCUCAUUAUAAUUAAUCGCACACCUCUUGUAAACAGUAAAUCAGUAAAUGCAUGUCUGCUACCAUUCAGAAGAUUUCUAAUAUAUAUAAUAAUUGGAAAUCUGGCAAAAAUCCAGGACCUGACAUGACGAUAUAGCCAUCAAAACUGCAAAUCUGAAAUAUGCCUAGUUCUGAAAAACGAAUACAAAUCAACACUGAAUUAGAUUUCUAAGAAAAGCAAGUCAAGAGGAAAAAAAUUACUACGGUAAUUAUCACGGCAAUUAGUUAAAAGAUGAGUCUUCGCUUGGAGAAAGGCAUGAGGAGAAGAGGAAGGGGAGCGAGAUCGUGGCACGGUGACAGGCCAAGGGAGAGUAGGAAGGAGGCGGAGCCAAAGGAAGAGGAACAGGAAGUGCAGAGUAACCCCAAGCUAGUUGAGAUGAGUUCUUUCCAGAUCUGAUUGUUUUGCUACUCACCAGCACUGAUAUUUUACAAUUCAUACCAUGUAAAUACUUUAAUAUUUUCCUUUGUAUAUAGCAACACUGUGGAUCAUAACAUAUGUAGUUAUUCUUAGUAGUGGCUGUUGCCAUGGUUAUUAACGUAUUUUAUGUUAAAUGUUAGGAGAGAUACAAUGGGCCAGUUAAGUUACUGGAUUGAGGAAGAAAAGGCACGUUUAAUCGCCCUUGGAUUAAACUUUUUUUUUUUUUAAGUUGAACUAAUUCAGACAAGGUUUAUUUUCUUUCACGGUAUUCACUGUGAGAAUUUCAGAUACCUUCCAAACUCAGCAUAAACUGAAGCACAGAAAUCGGCAGCUGAUUGAAGGAAAAAUGCUUGCAAAACCUCCGCAGAAACACUUUUAGAAAACUGGUUUAAUUAUUCGCCAGUUAACAUUUCCAAAAUAUGGACUAGCGAAAAGCCACAUUUGAGUUUGGUGUAUCACCACAACUGUGAAAAAAAUGCAUAUGAAGGUAAACCACUUGAUUGGACAGCUACCCACUGUUAUUUGACGAGCCAUCUGGACUGUCGAAUGGACUGACCGCAAACAAAUCUCGACUCAGACGGCCCGGGGCUGGGAUUCCGGCGCUGCCGACUGACGGAUGAGCUCGCUGACGUGCCAGCUGUACUGCGACGCUCCACGGUCUCCUGCCAAAGAGUCUGAAAGCUCUAGAUGGCGCGAUUCCUCUGUAACACGCCGAGACUCACCAGGACGGCGGUGGACCAGAGGUGGGGCGAUUAAUGGGUGGCGCUGUGUGAAGCAGUCGCUCCGCUCCUAGCCCCUCACGUUCGCUAGCCGGCUCAGCGGCUCGCGGGUUGCGUCAGGGCUGGUGGGAGUCGGAGUGGGAGUGCUGACGCAAUCUGUACCCCCCACCCCCACCGUUUUGUCACAUGAUUUCCAGCUGGACAGCUCUCUGUUAGAGGAUCACUGUAAACACCGGGAGCACAGGGGCACAGAAGCUAAAUCCAGAUCAGUCGGCCUAAUUUACUGUUUUCCCUUCUUUUCAAUAGACUGACUGAUUAAUGCCUUCACCUUUCAUGCUGAAAUCUGAGUGCAGUCCUUCCUAUACUGUUAUGAUAUGGAAAUCACAUUCCUGUUAAACACUGGCUGUAGGCAUUCAGGAUAAAAUAUGUUUUAUUUCCCAUUAAUGAAUGUACCCAGAAAGUGAGAAGUUAAGGUGUGGGUCCAGUGGGUCGUUUUGUCUGCUCUCUUGGAAGAGUUCUGUUGUAAUGCAUAUCGGUUGAGUCAGAACUAAAUUGCAUACGGGUGACGCUGGUGAGAUCAAUACAGCCCAUUCUGGUAUUCAUACUGAACCUCGAGUGGCCUUCUUCGUGGGGGGCUCAGCACCAGGUGAGGAGUGCACCAGCCCCACCGCCGUUUCUGUGCGCACCUGUGAGUGUCAAGACUGCGUGGCAGUUUGUGACACUCUGCGCAAGAGGACGGACGUCUGUUUUUUUUUUUUCUCUACUGUUGCCUUGAAUGUAACUGUUGGUGUGGUGAACUUGGUCUUUGCUAUGGAUUUUAAAAUAAAAAAGCAGAAAUCCCUAAA